CAAUUACAAUCUGCAUUUUGGGUUUAGUAGCAACUUGACUAUUAAAGCAGUAAGACAUUAUCCGUCUGUAGCCGGUAAUACUUCUACUUUUGCUAAGAAAUGUAUACAAAGUUUUCGGUAGAAUCAAAGGAAAGUGGUUUUGUUAAAAAAAAUUUUAUCGUAUCUUCUGAUAUUUUUUCCGUGCUACUAAAUAUACCGUGUGUUAGAAAAAAACUUUUUUCUAGUUGAACCUGAGAUAUUUGAGUGCUUUUUUCAUUGACAUACCUCGAAGAUAAAAGAAGCUGCCUAUACAUAGCUGUCUUUAACCAGGGCCAAUUGUGAUAUUAGAAUAAGUGUUAAUUAUAGACGAUAGAUUAGUAUAAAAAUAUGCUUGUUAAAAAAUUCGAUGCACACGAUCGGAGAAAUUUAUUAGAAUGUUAUUUCCCCCACAACAUGUGGGCGAGAUACGAAAUAAAAAAAAUCGAAGCACAAGAUAAUAAAUCUCAGGACGCCAAGUCACAAGAUAACAAAGAUGUUAAGUCGCAGGAUACCAAACUCGAGGAGUCCAAUUCGCAAGGUACCAACACUCAGAACGCCUCUCCACAAGUGAAUACAUCGCAAGUGAUCAGAUCCGAAGAUAUGGGAUGGCUUGGUAUGUCCAGCGAAGAAAUUGAAUUACUCGAUUGGGGAUACGACGAAGAAUACAUAGAAUCUUUGGAAAUUAGAGGAGACGAUAACGAUUUCGACGAUAUUCGAAUAUACGAUCCAAAAUUACAAGACGUGAUAGAUGAAAUGAUUUGUUUGGAGAACUUACCGUCGUAUAAAAAACGUAAAUAUUUGAAAAAGAUACUUCACGAUUGUAUGUGGAACGGUCAUUGUGGUAGCAAAGAACAUCCAUCAGACGAAUUCCGAUCGUAUUCGGGAUCAUUCGUCCCGACGCCUAUAACACCGAUUAAAUCUCCUAUGGCUCCUUAUAAAAUGGAUCAAAUGUGCAAACCCGUUUACAAUGGUCAGCAGAGUUUGCUAAAGUCCCAUUACAGACCUACCACGCUUCUUCAGACUCCUCCUAUGUCCGAUGACGAGGAAAUAAAAUCGAAUCCCACUAACGUGCUUAAAUUGCUUAACGAAGCUAUCGAUGAAUGCGAUAUUGAAGAAGAUAGUGACUUGUGCGAUUAUUUCGAAGAUACCGAUAUCAAAGAAGAAAUAAAUAUCAAUGAUUUCGAAGAAGAUGAGGAAGAUACUGAGGUUCUUCCGGUUGUUGAACCAUUAAAAACUUUCCAUGCAGCUGAGAGCGACCACAGCUAUCACAAAGGGAAAUACUGUGCUUCGGGAUCGGCUGCGUUUGGAAUUGAUACUCCUUCUGAUUCUGAGGAAGAAAUCGACGUGGUAAAUGUAAUCGAGAAGAUUCAAGUCAACAACAAAUCUGUGCUUUCGUUCCCCAACAAUCCAUCAACAAGAGAUCGCCAACAGAUCCAAAGACGGAUGGCAACAGCUAUAUCCAAAAAGAGGAUGCCACCGCAAGCUCUUAAAACUGUUAUGCCCGUUAGAAAAAUGUCCCCACCAGAAUCACCUGCUAUUAAAAAGAAACCAACGGCAACAACUGCAAGGGGAGGAAAGAGAUCGAAGCAGUGCAAACCGUCAACUAGCAGUUCGUACAGACGGCGGCAUUAUGGUCAAAGUAGCGACGAAGAACCAGAGACUUCAGAAAAACGAAGUUUACACAAUAACAUGGAGCGCCAGAGAAGAAUCGAUCUAAGAAACGCUUUCGAAGAUUUAAGAGUACUCGUACCGGAAGUUAGUAAAAAAGAAAGAGCAGCCAAAGUUGUUAUACUAAGAGAAGCAGCUUCUUAUUGCGACUUUUUGUCGAAUACAUCUAAAAAUAACGCUAAACAGUUUGAAGAUUUGAAAAAGAAACAGGAAUAUUUGAGGCGAAAAUUGUCUAUGUUGCGACGAAAUUUAGCUGCUAAGCGUUAAUUUUAAUUUGUUCAAACGUAGUUUUUUAUUGUGUUGUUUUUUUUUUAUUAAUUAUGCUCAUUAGGCAAUGGCCGUUUUUAUUGGUUAAUUUCGAUUUUACAAAACAAAAAUAAUACAUUUUUGUUCGAUUAUUUUCUAUAUGAAUUAUUUCGUUUUUUUUUAAAUUUUGUCUUGAUAUUUUAUUUAAAUCUUAGAAAUCGGUUAUUUCAUAUCAAAUGAGCAAACAACUUUGCGUAAAAAUUUUAUCGGUAAUUUCAAAAAAAAAAAAAAAGAAAUUUGAAUUAUUUGGGUAAUUUUUAAAAAUUUUUGAAUUUGAUUUUCGUUUUUAUCAAAAGGUAGGGUAAAAACAAAUUUUAAACUGUAUUUUUUUGAAUUAAGUUAUAUCAAUUAUUUUUGAAAUUAGAAAAAAAAGAGAUCUUUCAAUUUGAAGAAAUAACAUUCUCUCAAAAUCAGAAUUUCACAAAAAUAUUUCUAAAGUACUUCAAAUUAUUUUUUAGUAGAUAUAGUGAAAAUCGCCGUAAAAGCGAUGAGGUAGUGUCCCAAAAAGAAAAUAGCAGAUAAUUUCAAUCAGAUCAGUAUCUCUGAUCUAUUAUCCAACUAAUUUUGAAUAUUUCACACCAUAAAUGAUGUAGAGUAACCCCAUAACUAUUUUUUUAUAGCUGAAAAUACCUUCAUGCGUCUCGGUAUAACGCAAACGUGGCUUGUCGAUAAAAAGUUACUUCGACUGUGAAAAAUGUUUCUUCUUUCCCAACCAUCCAAAAUAUAAACUCAACAGCAAAAAAACACACUUAGAUUUGGUCUUCUUGUUCUUCCUCUUUCAAUAGAACCAGGUCCUGUUCAAGUCUGUACGUUUGGAUCUUCCUGGGAAGCUGAAUUCCAGCUCUCGUACCACCUCUUUGGUGGUCUGCCUACAGGUCUGCGUGUGUUUGUAUUUAUAAUUAAAUAUAUUAAUCUUUUUAAUUUAUGGUAAGAACUCUGUCAGACAUUGAAGUAAUUAAAUUCUGGACAUCAUACUCCACCGGCAUAGCAUCCAAUUCUUCUCGAAGAGCAAUUUGGAGCUGAUUUAAGUCACUAGGUGGAGGAUGAUGACGUCCAACACGCCUCCCUAAAUUAUCCCACAAAUGCUCUAUGGGAUUCACAUCGGGAGAUAGUGCAGGCCAGUCCAGAACUGUGAGCGGGACACGCAAUCACAAAAGCCUAUCUAUGUCCGGUUUUAUCGAGACACUUAGUAGUAGGCACCAAUCUAAUCACAAAUAUCAACAGUUCCUUUACCUUCAAUAUAAUCUAAAAUCUUUUAGAUUUAAACUUAGUUUUUCCUCUAAAUCUCACUUCUUGUUAAAUGUCUCGUAAACAGAACGAACGUUCCAGAGACGGCAUUUGAAUGGUACCCGAACCAUGUUGAGUCCAUUGGCACGUCGUCAAACAUGGGCAUGGAGCUUAACGUGUUAAUUAAGUAAUCGCGUGUAUUUACUUUAUACCCUAAUGCUUAUUUUUGUGAUCUUUGACCAAUUCAUACGUUGAAAGGGGAUAAAACAACAAUAGAAAAAAAGUUUUGCAUAAAUAACUUAACCCACAAUGACUACACGAGUAACUAAAGACUGCGUACAGUUAUAAUAUACGAUUAAGAAGGAUCGAAACAACCAUGAGUCAUCGGUUGCAGCUAUCUCAAGGUUGCUAGUACGAAAGUGGCCAUAAGUUACCCAAAAUUAGCCUGCAAGCUACCGUCAGCUCGACUCCAUGACAACUAUUGCGGUAGUGACUUAGUUAUUGAACCUUAUAGCAUCAUCAUCAAGCAAGAAGUUAGACCUAAAAAAUCUAUUAUACCCUUUCCUCUCAAAAGCUAGAAGUUAUUUUAUUCACCGGCUUCUGUUUGGAUAAGUCUUCCUGCUCUACUCAGUAUGUUCCAAUAUAAUAAACCAUGUAACUCUGUUGUAUGUAAGAAUUUUAAUUUAUUCUUCUAACCUACAUGAUAUGCAUUCGUCUCUUUCAACAAGUUUUUUGAGCCGAUGAUGUCCUCUUCCAAAACACUUAAUGCAGACUUCUCAUACUUUCCCAGUAUUAUCAGUAGUCGAAUCCUUAUUUUUUUCCCAAUUUAUUUCUCCCAGUUAUCCAAUCUCCAUUUAUUUGCCAUGUUUUAUCCUAACAAAAAAUGAUUGGGUUUGGUCCACUAUGUGCUGGUACCCAGAAGAGAGUUAAGUUUAUCUAAGCAUUCCCAAUUCUUGAUGCUUUAACAGCUGCCUUUAUAUUCAACAUAAUAAUUUUUGCCUCGUGCAUUUCUAAUUUAUGUUGAAAUGGACACAUCUGCUAGGAAAGACGCAACUUGGGACACGUAUAGCACGUGUAAAGUAGCGUUAUACGAGAGACACCACACUACAUGUGGUAGAUGGUGAUCCGCAUAUUGAGACACGCGUUUUCAAAUAGAAAACGUUGGGGUUUGGAUUUGUUCGGUAUCAAAAAAUGUCUGACAUUUUUGACAAUUGAACAAAAUAAUUGUUAUUGAAUUUGUGUUUUGAAUCGGAUGAUGCUGAGGAUGAAAUGUUGUUUUUAUUCCUUGACCAGGAAGAAAUCAUUUGCAAUAAUAUCCGAUUCUUCAGUUUCGUCUUCAUAUAUAUUCACCCUUUUUUGUAUUGUAAAGCUCUGUGUACCCUACUUUUCAUUUUUUCGUGAAAAAAUUGAGGAAAGAGUUGCUAGUCACCCGUACGUGUAGCACAGCAAGCUGUAGCUCACGCGUGUGGUGUCAAGUCGCACUACGUGCUGUGCUGCGCCACCACACACGUGUUAUACGUGUCCCAAUUUGCGCGUUGCCUGGUGGUUCAUUGAUUUUUUUUUACUUUUCGAUUGAUAUACGAUGAUGGAGGUUUUGUGAGAGCUUAUGUAGUGAACUCUGGAUCAUUUAUUGGUUUCAUUUAAAUGUAUUUUCCCCCGAAAGAGCUCUAAAAGCGUAAAGAAUCACCAAAUAGUGAUUUAUGUAAAAGAAAAAAAUGUUUAUUCAGAGUGCCAAGUCACAAAAAGUAAGCUGAAGUUGUCAAUGCUCAAUUUUUUGUUGACUAUUUUGUUGUUACUUUGAUAAGUGUUUUUUUUUAAUUAGUUUUAUUGAAUUAGUUAAUGGGACAUUUGUUUGUGCAUGAUAAAUAUGUAUGUCUUCCUUUAUGCACAAUUAAUAUUAAAUUUUUUUAAAAAUGUCGUGAGAGAUAUUGAGAAUUGUUGUGUUCAUAAUAUUUUACAGUAUUUUAUACUUUUGAUAAAAUAAAAAUAAAUACAAAAAAAUAUGUAAAAUAUAUAUAAAAAAAAAAUAAAAAAAAAUUGUACGAUCGGAUCCGAAUCGAUAUAAUGUUUCUUGCACGAAAAAUUUUUUUUUAAUCACAAAUAAAUAUUUUUAUGUCGAAUAUACACGGUGUUUUCCAUCAAUUAAACAAUUUUAGAUAACCUAAUUUACAUUAUUUGAUUGUAAAAUUGACAUUUUGAUAAUUUUGUGACGUUAACAAAAUAUAUUGAUUUUUUUUUCAAAAAUUUGAAAUUUACGAUAUUUGUCAAUGUUUAAUUUCAUAAUAGACCAUAAAAACAAUAGUAGUACAGAAUUUCAAUGGAAUUGCAAAAAAAACUUCGACUUACGAAGAAGAUCUCCAGAUAUGAAGUAUUUGAUGACUGAUAAAAGUGCGUUUUUUGAAUAUAAAUAGUCAAUAAAGAUCAAGAUAGAUACAUAUUUGUUAAAAUUAAUUAUAUGUAUAACAACGCAAACGUCAGCCCAUGACCUCUAGCUUUUUCUUCAUAUCCUCUUUACUAAAUCUCUUCAUUUAAUCAUGUGUCUUUUCUUCUCAUCUUUCUUUGCCACAAUACACCUCUUCUAUACAUUUCUCCUUUGGUGUUUUAUUUUUAUUCCCACCUUCUCAAGCUCUUAAUCACUUUUUUAUAAAAUUACUCACUUCGGAGACGUCCCCCAGCUAUUUAACUCUCUUAGCACUUAACACCUGGGCAAUUCAUGAUUGAUCACUAGAGCCAUUAUUUCUUUCCCAUAUUUCUCGUGCUGUAAACUGCAUCGCUUAUUUUUUCAGUAAAAAUAUUUGCAGACUGCUCUGGUUUCUUUAUUUGAUAUGAAUAAUUCAAUAUUUAGAGAAUCAGUAGAUGUACUAGGCCGAUACGGGAGUGACGUGUACGGGCUACGUCGUAGUAUGAUUAUCGCGCGCCUAACCGCAGAUUGCGAGAUAACGAUAAUGUCUUCAUAAAAAAUAACGUCUCCAUUCAAUUUGCUGAUUUUCACAACAAAUUCUUCAAGUCUAUUUCUAUACUCUACUGAAGACAUAAUUGUACUGAAGUAUCUAAUAUGUCCUAGUAAAUUUCUUUUGUCGCACCUGUUAAAUUCAAUGAUCAACCAGAUUUCUUAAUCACUUGUUCGCUUAUCAACUAAAAUGAUACACGUCACACCUCGUUUUUUACCCCAUACAAAACACGUCACACCUCGUCACCUUUAUCGCAAUCUGCGGUUAGGCGCGCGAUAGUUAUACUACGACGUAGCCCGUAGUUUGAUCAGAAUGAUCAAAUCCGAUUCAUGUACUUCUUGUAGCUUGGAAAAUCACCAGAUUUUGAACAGAUCUCGGCUUGACAAAAUUUGUAAUAGUCAAGUUUCGUUCGAAUUUCGUUUCAUGUUUCCAUCAAUCAAACUGUGAAGGGUAUUUAAGUGAGGAUUGGACCUUAGCAUUAUAAUCCAAUGGAAAUGGAAACAUAAUGACGUUGUUUAGUCUUAUCUAUAACUAAUGGUUCUUCAUUACCUGUCAUAUUUGUUGCUAGAAAUAUUAAGCAAUCUAAGAAACCAGUUGAUCUAAGUCAAAAUGACGGCCGUGGGGUAAACAAUUGACUUUCUUGUAUAUACCUCUUGGUUUUGUUUCGGUUGUGAGAUAUGUUUAAGUGAAAACUGAGCAUUUUUGUAGUUUUUUAGUUAGUAAGCUUCCAAGCAAUUUACAAAAUUUGGAAUACUGAGUAUUUUUUUACGUUGCAACCCAGUGACAGCUGGUAGGUGCGAGGACAAACUUGAAGCUAUAGAUGGAAGUUAAAUCCUUCUUUAAGAAGCCAUUUGGUGAUAAAACUGAGAAUAAUAAAGUCUAAAAUCCAACAAAUAACUUCACAAAACACACAGUAACUUACGACAGAAGCUUUUGUUUACCCUCCGGUGGCCAUUUUUAAAUGGGCAACAGUUGAUUUUGACAAUUAAGAAUCCUCUGUUGUUAAUCGCUUUUUAAAGUACAUUUUCCAUUCAUAACCAAUUCCGUUAUUCACAUUUAUACUUUCAGCACAUGCCUUCGUAAACACAAAGUCAUGACGUUACCUAUUUUAUCAAUCAACCAUGGCUGGCUCUUUAUGGUAAGAUGAAGUAGAUACUGGUCUAGUUCAAUUAGUACAUUCUGAUCAAGUAUUAUAGUAAGUAACUCGGCUUUAUGAAAAAAUAUACUCGAUCUAGUUUAUCAGUACCUCCCAUUGAUCAACGACCACCUUCAAUACAAACAUCUUCUUUAUCCCUAUAACGCUCCAAGCAAACGUUCAAUUGUGUGAAACAGUACUCCUUCAGGACUUUUGCAUCAUUUUAAUUCAUAGUCACUUAAAUGACCGCCAAUGGAAUCAAAGUAACAUUUUGACGUAGAACGCCUCCUUCUUUGUCAUCUUGAAAAUGUUUAAACCACGUGUACACGAUAAAAAUUCACUGCCAUACAUUUCUUUUAAUAAAUAUUGUUGUUCACGUGAUUUUAUUACACAAUAAUUUGUUAUACCGUUUAAUAUUUUAGUUUUGCGAAGAAGCAAAAAUAUUCAUAUAUGAUUCUAUGGAUCCUACGGCUAUACUGAUUUGUUUUGAGUAGGAAAAGAUACUUUAUUUAUAAUAAAAGGUUUAGCGGUAACAGCAAACUGUUGCCGGUGUUUGGAGCAUGAGCAUUUUUUUUCCAGUAUCGUUAGUGUUAUUAUUUUAUUUUAUCUUCAAAUUUUCGAUUUCAUACACUUUUAAGAACGUCUGUAUUUUUUUUAGAAACCCAAAUGUCUCAUGAAAGAAUCGGAUUUCAAUAAAUCCGAUAAUUGAAUCCAAAUAUGGAACAUACGGCUUCAUCUUCUACCCUACACAGUCACCCCUUUAAAAAAUUAAAAUCGGGGUUUGUGGCGUAAGAUUUUUGGUUGAAAUUUUCUAAUAAAACUUCUCUCUCUAUCACACCUUUAGCUUGAUUAUUUCCAUUUUUCCCUAUUUAUAGUAGUUUCCAAUUUCUCACCCCAUUCUUUAAAAAGUCUUGACUUCGGUACUCUUUGCCCCCUUGAUUCCACUAUACCAUCAGUCUUAUCCUUGUUUUUGGUCCAGCUCUCCAUAUAUGUAUUAUUUUUAUGGCGUUAUCUCCCUCCAGAACUUCUUUUAUUUCUUUAUUUGUUCUUCAGUAUACAUCUUUUUUGUCUUUGUUUCCAGUUUCUCAUCUCCAUUGUUUCCAAACACAUUUCGACUUGGACAUUUCUCUCCCUCUUGCGUCCUCCUGCUGUACCAUCAUUCUUAUCUCUGCUUCCGGUCCAACUUUUUACCAAAUUCUCAUCCUCCAGAACAUCUCUGUUUCUUUAUUUGCUCUUCUUCAGUAUAGAUCUUUGUUUAUCUUUCCUUUUGAGCGUUUCUCACCCCAAUUCUUUCCAAACACAUUUCGAUUUGGGUAUUCCUCUCCCUCUUGCGUCUUCCUGCUGUACCAUCAUUCUUAUCUCUGCUUCCGGUCCAACUUUUUACCAAAUUCUCAUCCUCCAGAACAUCUCUGUUUCUUUAUUUGCUCUUCUUCAGUAUAGAUCUUUUUGUAUCUUUCCUUCUGAGCGUUUCUCACCCCAAUUAUUUCCAAACACCCUCAUUACUUCCACAUAAUAAACUUUAAUAUCAUAGAGUUGAUAUGAAAUAUGAAAACUAUCUAAAGAGAGAGAAGGGGCAUAGGUUUACCAUCCUCUAUCUCCGUCUACUCGUUAUUUUCCUUCUUCGCAUUUACUACCACUCGAAAUUUCCGACGUUAUGGCGGUCUAAUAAGAAUACAGUAGACAGAGAUACAGAGUGGUAUACCGAUGUUUUUUUCUUUUUCUAUAAACAGUUUGAGUUCACUUGAAGAAGCUCCCUUUUUUUAUCUUUAAUAUUAAUUAUAUGUGUGAUGCGUACGCCGACUGAUAUUUCGGUAAAACAUGUUCGACGAGCUCGCGGCGAAUAUGUCUAACAUCAAAACCGCCUUUAGACCGAGCGCGCGGUGGACCCUAAACAAUUCGCAUAUGUUUGAGUGUGAAAUGUGGCAACACUGUUUACUUUACAAGUAUUACUGUUCGGUCUGUUUUGAAUAUUUUUAAGUAAAUUUGAUUGAGAAUUUUGUUGGAUUUCCUGCAAGAAACAAAAAAAAAUAUCUGCUAUAUAAACGUACCUGUGAUGUAACCUCGCUGUUGACCAAAUACAUAGAAAUAGUUAUACUUAUUCAAAUUAUUGUGCAUAUAUUUGAUUUCUUACAACUUUUUAAACUGUUUUCUAGUAAUAAAUAUAUAACAGGGCAAUUCUCUAUAAGCUUAGCGACCAUCGGCAAAGCCAUUAAUCCAUAGGCGUUCGUAGAAAAGGGGAACGUUUCCGUUCUAUCUUGUAGAUAUAAAAAGAUAUUUUGAAAAUAGUAUCCGGACGCCUGUACGUUUAGUAGUAGUGCGAGUGGCUUUGCUUUAAAUAAGCAGUUGUAUAUUAUAUACGGUUUAUAUUAUUAAGCCCUAAGGAUCUAUGGCAUAAGGUUUUCUUUUAACAUAAUGUAUAAAUAAGCGGGGCAAAGAAACUUCUGGAUUCAAAUGAAAGAGGCGAAUUGUUAUCGAUUUGAAAACAUAACCUCCAAAUACCAUUUUGUUUGGUAUAUAAAAAAAUUUUUGUUACUCAAUAGAAUUAAGCCAAAUUUAGAGUAAAGGUACUUUAGACAAUUAGACACUAAAAUGUAAAAUCAAAUGUAUAAUUAUCGUAAACAGUAUAUCAAAAAGCAAAAUUAAAAAAAAACUACAAAAUUUUCAGUUUAGUAAAGGAGGGAGAAAUAUGAAAUACCUUAUCCACACUAGGGUGAUUGAUUUCCGGAUUUUUUUUCGGUGCUCAAGCAAAAUAUUAAUCUGCAUAUAGAGAAAAAAAACUCACCAAGCUUGAACUCUCAAUAUCAAUUUUAAGUACUUACAAUUUAAAUAUAAAGUUUCACAAUUUAAAAUGAAUUACAAUAAUGAAAAUCAGUUCGAUGGACCUUGUGAGAAAUUUUAUAUUCUUCGAAAUGUAACUCGUACUGAUUCACCAAUAGAAGUCGUUGUAACAAUUUUUGAAAAAUUUUUUAAAUGGUUAAACUUUAUAUUUAAAUUGUAAGUACUCAAAAAUUAAUAUUGAGACCUCAAACUUGGUGAGAUUUUGUUUUCUAUAUGUAGAUUAAUAUUUUGCUUAUGCAUCGAAAAUCACCCCAAUCUACACUCAUUAUUAGCCCACAAUAAAACAUUGUACCCAUAGUUCUCCUUUCUCAUUAGCAGAAAACGCACUAAGGCAAAACAUGAAAUGGUCAUCGUCCUCAUUCGGUUUCAGUUGUCCUGACAUAUCUUCCAAAUCGUCGACAGAAUCCUCAAGUUUUACAUCUUCGUUUGAAUCCUCUGUAUCAUCAGCAGAAACUGAUAAGGAUUUUCCCGAAAACAAGUGUUUUUUCUUUUUUUUUUUUUCAGUUAUUUUUAUUUACUGGCUCAUUCAGUUCGUUAUUGUAAACGACGAGGUAAACCAAUUGUAUUUGGAACUGAAGAUAUUUCGGUGAAACACACUCCUGGUUUAAAUCUAUGUCUUCGUCAUCUUCAUCUUGAUAUUAGUAAACAGCUUGAGUUCGUCCAGGUGUAUUGUCUUCACAUGCCGUUUUAGAGCAUGUAAUUUUAUCGAUAAAGGUAGUGGAAGCUUUUGUUGUUUCAACUUCUUGAAUGUUAAUGGUAUUUUUUCUGCUUCUUGUACGCAGAUUCGAAGAAAACAUCCAUGUUAAAAGGCUAAAUACUAGUGAUGAGAAAGAAGACCAUUAGCGGCUAUUGUGUAUAUCUACCAAAUAAAGAACUAAGAGCCCGUUGGUCUCUUUACUCUAAUGGCCCCAUAAAUGACUUAUCCGUAGACUGGAGCUUGUGUGUCGAAUGAGGAGACGAUAUUCGAAUCUUCCAGCCAUUUUGUCUCCUGGCAAAAAUUGUGUCGGAAUUUAUUUUGUUCGGCUAGCUAGUGGGUUAAUUCCUCCCAAUAAAUCUCAACUUUAAAUCUGCAAUUUCAGUUCGAUAACAUAUGGCAAUAGCAUUGUCAAAAUAUAUUUUUUAUUUAAAGUUUUCUCUUUUAAUUUGAAUCCAAUAAAAUAUCCAAUAUACUUAAUCACCCUGUGUAUGUUAUUAAUAUAAGUAAAAUAAACUUUUUGAAUGUAGAAUAUCGAUCGUUUUUUAUUAAUAAAUAAUAUGCCAUAAUCCUAACGAUUGAUAUGUGGUAGUACUUAUUACAAUUUGUCAUUUCUUUUUUUUUAACAAAUUUUGUUUAGUAAAAUUUAUGAGGAUUUGAUUAUAUUGUGCUGUUCCUAGUAGAUUUUACACAAUAAAAUGUUGGCUUGCUAAAAUUUUGUUCAUUUAUUUACCAACCCAAUACACCUUUUUUUCAGGUA